CUCGUCAGGCCUAUUCUUCCCGCUAAACCACAAAGUUUCAAUCCCUUUCUAUAUACUGAGGGAGGAUUGCCGCCGAAUACGCAGGAUGCAGUCGGGGGUGAUUCCACGAGUUUGCGCGUCCAAUGGGGCUGAAUUUUACCAGGGGAUCAAGAGAGCCACGCGGUCUGUCCGAUGUUCCACGCGAGACGUGCCGCUAAACUGUAGAAGAGAACUACCCUCUGUUACUAUUGAAACUUAUAGAAUUGGGGUGUCUUUACAAGCAAUCACUUUCAAUAAAGUAACGUUAAAUUCUCUUUGGUGGAAUCAAGAGAGAAGAUGAAAUCAAUCUGGCGCUUAACGUUCUUCGUAUUCGGUUUGACUUCCACCUCCAUCCUGGCUAGGCGAUACGAGCACAACCCUGAAAAGAGACCAACAAGGAUAAUAUCAUCGACCAGGACAACUGGUAUUCCAGUCAGAAAUAGAAGAGCUACCGUGAAUGAUGUCGUCUCCAAGAACAUCACAAUGGUUCUGGAGAAUUUACUGAUGAACUAUGAAAACAGUCAGCUUCCUACUCACGUCAAGGGUACACCCACGGUGGUUAAAACUAAUAUUUUAAUCAGGAGUAUGGGUCCUAUUUCUGAAUUGGACAUGGACUAUUCUAUGGACUGUUACUUUCGACAAUAUUGGCGGGACUCCCGUCUCAGUUUUUUGGGCCCUAUUAAGUCCCUCAGCUUGAGCAUUAAAAUGUUGGAGAGAAUUUGGAGACCUGAUACAUACUUUUACAAUGGUAAGCACAGCUAUGUGCAUACCAUAACCGUGCCAAACAAAUUACUGCGAAUAUCACAGGAUGGCGAUAUUCUUUACUCCAUGAGACUCACCAUAAAGGCCAAGUGUCCUAUGGAGCUCAGAAACUUCCCCAUGGAUCGUCAAUCCUGUCCGCUUAUCUUAGGAAGCUACGCUUAUACAUCCGGUCAACUGAUAUACGAAUGGCAGGAAGGCUCCUCGGUGAAUUUUGUAUCAGGAAUGGCGCUAUCGCAAUUUGACCUCAUGGGUUCACCAUACAGAAACUUAACAUUUGCUAGACGGGAAGGAGAAUUUUCUGUUCUUCAAGUAUCGUUCAAUCUCCAGAGACACACGGGCUACUUUCUGAUACAAGUAAAACAAUAUUAUAAGACUAUACAAACACUUAUAGUAUAUAUAGACUCUGGUAAGAAUCUUUAUCUUUAUGUUCAGGUAUACGUGCCGUGUGUUCUGAUAGUUGUACUCAGCUGGGUGUCCUUUUGGAUUCAUCGUGAAGCCACUAGCGACAGAGUUGGUCUUGGUAUAACCACGGUACUGACGCUAUCGACUAUAAGUCUGGAUUCAAGAACUGACCUACCUAAGGUCAGAUAUGCAACAGCUUUAGAUUGGUUUCUUUUAAUGAGCUUCGGAUACUGCAUAGCGACCCUUUUGGAAUUUGCUGGCGUGCAUUAUUUCACUAAGGUUGGGAGUGGCGAGAUUCCUAUUGACGACGAAGAAUGGGAAGACGUGGAGGAAAUAGCCGAGGAUGAAUAUGGGCAGGUUUUUGAAUCAUCCUUUGAUGCCAGAAGUCCUCAAAGUGACUAUCUUACAUCCGGUACUACUUCCAGAAGGAGGAACUCAAUCAUUUGCCAGAUUUUCAGUGUGCGUACAUAUGAAAAAAAAGGAGAAACAUUAAUUUCUUAAUUGAAAAAUUUCUUUUCCACACAGCAAGAUCCUGGGCUGUACAGUUUAGGCUCUCGUCGCUCAACUUCCACGACGACAAGUAAACCUGGUACCGUUGAAAGACAAACUCAAACUGAAUUACGUUUACCCAAGUGGCGACAAUUUCUGUACUGCUUAGUCGGUGACGACGCCUUUCGGUAUGACUAUGCAUAUUAGAGAUGAUAAUGUAUAUAAAUAG